UCUUCCGGUUGAGCAUUUUGGCGGUAAGGAAGCGCGGGUUACGUUACCGGUCUCAAGAAUUCAUUCAAGUGACGAAGAUUGUGUCAUCGGCAGUGUGUACGUACUAAUUGCCGAAGAAAAGUGGUCCAGCAAAAUGUUCGAAGCACGAUUAAUACAGAGUGCUAUCUUGAAGAAAGUGCUGGAUGCAAUAAAGGAUCUUUUGACCGAAGCUACUUUCGAAUGUUCUGAUUCGGGUAUACAAGUCCAGGCUAUGGACAAUGCUCACGUAUCUUUGGUGUCCCUUAAUCUCAGAAGCGACGGUUUCGAUAAAUAUAGAUGCGAUAGAAAUUUGUCGAUGGGCAUGAGUGUUGCAUGCAUGUCUAAGAUUUUAAAAUGUGCUGGCUCAGAAGAUACAGUCACUCUACGAGCGGUGGAUAAUCCAGAAAAUAUUAUGUUUAUAUUUGAAUCACCAAACAAAGAGAAACUUGCAGAGUACGAGAUGAAACUUAUAAAUAUGGAUCAAGAACAUCUUGGUAUACCUGAAACAUCAUAUUCAUGUGUUGUAAAAAUGCCAUCACAAGAAUUUUCUCGCAUCUGUAGAGAUUUAAGUCAAUUCGGAGAAUCAAUAACAUUUGCAUGUUCUAAGGAAGGUAUCAAGUUCAGUGCUGCUGGAGAUUAUGGACAAGCACAAGUCAAGUUAGCACAAACAGCGGACGCGGAUAAUGAAGAAGAAGCGGUAGUUGUUAAUAUGCAAGAACCUGUGAAAUUAACUUUCUCAUGCCGUUACCUUAAUUCCUUCGUAAAGGCUGGACCCCUUUGUACACAAGUGCAACUAUCCAUGUCUAAUGACGUACCUCUAGUAUGUCAAUACAAAAUUGGCGAUAUUGGACACAUAAGAUAUUAUUUGGCUCCGAAAAUUGAUGAUGAUGAAGAAAAUUAAGAUUCUUAGGAACUUAUUCCAAUAUAUAAGCUAUACUAUUAUUAUUGCAGAGCAUAAUAGAAUUACUUCAUUUUUAUACGGACAUCGCAGUUCUGUGUGUCUUAUUAUUUAUCACGGUAUUAGAUAGUAAGUAUUCUCGAAAUUUUACUAUGAACAACAUGAUACCACUACACGUAUGAAAGAGAGCAGGUAUAUUUUGAUUUUCAUUGUUUAAGGAACGAUUAAGGGUAGUUAAAAAAUACUUUGAAGGUAAUAUAUUUAAAUUUUACAUUUAAAAGUUAUUUGGCUCGUCACAGUGUUAGCGCAACGUAGAAUUGACACUAAGAUUCAUGGUAAGAGUGACACGAUCAUGAUUAACAUGGUAAUGCGGUGUCAUUCUCUUAAGAUUUAUAUUGUUACCGUUUCAUAAACUGUGACAAUAUUUUGAUAAUAUUGCGAUCUUUUUUUUAUAUGUAAGAAGAACUCAAUAUAUUUCCAAAACAUUUCAUAAAUUUUGAA